AUGAGUGAAAUCACGAAGAAAAAGCAGCGAAAGCGCAAGAAUGAGGAUGAAGAUGGUAGUGCAGUGUCUAAAUUGCCAAAAAGUGAAGAAAAACCCACGCCGCAGCGGAAGAAGAGUGUGAAAUUACUGGUGAAAGAGUUCCGGAAGAAGCUGCAGGAAGAUGACUUCAUUUCAGGUUCUCUGUGUCUCGCUCUAUCAGAUUUUCACAACUUCUACAACCUCGCAACGGAAAAUCCUGCCAUAAUUCAGGAGUAUUUGGAGGUUGGAGGACAACCUCUUGAGAUUGUGGAGUGUCUUGGGAAAAUCGACAAAAACUCCCUGGAUCACAUCAGCUGCAUCUUCAGCGUCCUGCAGCUGGUUCUCAUUGAGAUUCUCUCCCAAUCUACACAGUACACAACAAUUGCCAUCAACGGAUGUCGAUUUUUGCUGAACAAGCAACGAAGUUGCGUGGAAUCAUUGCUUGAGUCGCAUGCAACUAAUCAUCGGAAGAUCGCCCUCAAAGUCCUCACAGCCAUCGUGACGGUGGAUUCACGGAUGGGAUUUGACGUUCUGAAGCUCUUCCGGAGUCACAUUAACAGCAGGAGUCUGGAGGAGCGCUUCGCCAGGCCGAGAAAGGAGGAAAUUAAUCAUCCGGAGAGUAGUUUGAGGACAGCUUUCACUCACUUUGUGCUGGCAUAUCUUGUGGAGGGCAAUAGCGUGCUGAUACAGAACAUCCUGGACAGAAUGGAGCUCCUGGUGGCUGUUCUCAGGGAUCUGCAGUACGAUAGUCCUGAGAACAUUGUCCUGGUGUUGGGAACUCUCCGCAAUUUCGUGCUGAAGAAGGUGAGUGUGUCGAAAACACAGAAGUUUCACCUCUUUUCAGCGGAGAUAGUCACUAAUCUCCUGGAAUUGUACAACUGGAAGGGAUCAGCAGCCUUCCUGGCCCUUGCCAACAAUCAGAGUACUGACAGUGUCAUUCCAGAGGUGAAAGAUGUGGAAAUUGUAAGUUCAGCGGUUCACGAUUUCCUGGUGCUUCUUCUCACAUCCAAUAAGCACGGAAUUGUUGUGCAGAGUCUGGGGAAUAGGAAGAAGAAGAAUUACAUACCGAGUAUAGUGCUAAAGAAUCUAGAGAGACCGUGGAACAAUCGUCUGCAUGAAACUCUGGCCAUUAGAGUGCUGAAGGCUUGUCCUGAGCAAGUGGAGUUCUUCCUGAGAGCAAGAGCGCGUGUUCUAGAGAGUGAACACUCAGAUGGACUCAAGUUUCUGGACUUUCUGGUGACAUUGAUCAAUUCCCUGAGCCCCAAGAUCAUUGAGAAGGUAACUGAGAGUGUCGGAAUGGCAGAAAUGUGUGGUUUCCUGAAGAACAUUUGCUUUUCUCCUGAGAUUCUUGAGAAAAUCCGCAGAAAAAUGCAGAGAAAACUCACAUUCCAAGUGAGAUUGAGUAUCACUAAGCUCUUGAUGGCUAUGCUUUCCCAAAGCAGCAACUAUUUAACUCAUUUGAGUGAACUUGAGAUGUUCCAAGACUUUGAGAUGAAGAUUAUCAAGGCUGAUCUCUUUGAUCACAUUCUCAGCAGAUUUCCAACGAUGGACGCUAUCACAAUGUCUCUGUACAAGACAAUUGAUGAGCAAAAGACACUGAAUAGUGAAGGAGUUCUCAAACAUUUGGAAGCUACAGUUGAUCUUCUGACCAUUGCUCAGGAAAUCAUUCCCACUUUUAUUGACAAGACGACGUCAUUAAUCAAUUACAUGCAAUUCAUGGAGCCUCUGCAGGAGGAUCACUCCAGAAUCCAGUUGAAGAUCAUUAAACUCAUCUUAGCGAUGGAUCCGCAGACGAUUUCGCCGGGAACAGCGCUCUUCAGCAAUGUCAUGACGUCUUUCCUGAACAUUUACACUCUCGAGGGUAAAGAUGAAGGCCAAGAGGUGGAGAUCUUGCUGAGGAAUAUCCUCUUUAGCACCAGAUUGUUUGACAAUGGUCCUCUUGAGAUUGAUAUCUGGCUUGAGGCCUUCAAAUCUGUCGAUUCCAAGGAUACGAAGGUUGUACAGGAGUUUUUCAUCAAACUCAUCAACCGAAUUAGGACACAACCACAGAAUUGUGCAGAAGAAGUGCCUGAGAAGGGAAUUCUUGAGCCUUCUGGUGAGAAUUUGGCCAGCAUUCUUGACAGGAUAGAAAAGAAUGAAACCACUGUUGGGAUUUUUGACGUGCCAGGAUUGAAUAAUCUCCUGUCAAUUGCUGUAAAUCUCCUCGCGAAGAAGACAUCAAUUCCUGUGGUGAAGUAUUUAGAGAAUGUGGUUUUUAAUCUCUUCCACUAUCUUCCAAAUUACCAUAUUUUGCCGCCGAUUGUGAAGAAACUCGCUUUAGGCGUUUCCGAUUAUAUGGCAGCGUCAAUGGAAGGGAAAGCUCUUGCUUUUCCCUGUGAAUUUUCCCAAAAAGAAGCUCACAAAUUCAUCCAGAAAAUUGUGCAGAAGGAGAAAUUUGAGGAAUUCGAUGUGAAGAGCGACGGAAAGGCAUUUAAUAUGAUUUACCUGAUAAUCUUCUAUCUAAAUAAGCUUCACAAUCUCUCAAAGCUGGAUUCGGAAACAUCCUCGAAAUGUUGUGAAUACUUAAUGAGUCUUUUGGAGGGUAUUCACAAUCGACAAGUGACUAAUUGUCAGAGAAAGCAGACAAUUGAAUUGGACGAUGUGGUGAAAGUAAAGAUUGAUCGGAAGAAUCCACUGAUUGAGAUCUUGAAGUACAUUUUCUGUGGUCAAAUUCAUCUUCUGACUAAUUUCUGUGACGAUCUUCAGCGUGAAUCUCGUCCAAUGAUGGAUUUUGUGGGUAAAAUCACUAAGAGGAUGAAUGAUUGGAUCACCAAGGAUGAUUUUCAUGAUCUCACAGUAAAUUAUCGUAACAAAUUUGUGCAGAAUUUCAGAGAGAAUGUCACAAUGAAUGAAGAUCUGUUGUUACUGAUGAGAAUUCUCGAUCUUGACCAUGAGAACUGUGUUGAUUUUCUAAAGAUCCUGGGCAGAAGAGGGGAAUUCCAUGAAGUUCUGGUGAUGGUGAUUCAACGAGUGACGGAAUUGCGUGAAAAAUCACUGUCUUCCGAGGUGAUUAAGGAGAUUUGUGGCAUUUUCAUCAGUAUCACCACAAAAGGCACCUCAGAGACUGCCAUAAAUGCCCUGAGUGAUGCUCUAACGGAUUAUUUGAAUCACUUCCACAGCUCAAUUGGGGACGUGCCGGAAGAUUUACUGCACAAUAUCUGCGUGGGUGAGCGGAAUACAAAACCAUUGACAAAAUUAGCUACUCUUCUGCUUGAGCGUAAGGCAUCGCUUUUGCCCAUCUUCCUGCAAACACUUGAGGGGAAUUACACGAAGAAGGAACUGAUGUAUCCUCUGUUGAGUGUGGUUCUCAUGCGGAAGGAUGCGUGUGUGGAGAAGAAGCUGCUGCAGAGAAUUUAUGGAGAAUACAAGAAUGGAAUCUUCAAGUCGAUUGAGAAGCCACAGAAAUCUGGUGUGAUUUACCGAGAGAAUUUCUCCUGUUCUCUGAGAUUGAUUGAGGAAUGCAUGUCAGAGAAGGAUUGUGUGGAGUUCACGAAGAAGACUCUCAAGACAGAUUCUGUGGAGAUUUUUCAGUGUCUCCUAAUUGAGAAGAUUUACCAAAAAGCCAUUCAGAAGACAGAUAAUUCGUCGAUUCAUGUGAAUUUCUACAAGAAUCUCCUCAAUCUCUACACUUUCUUGCUCAAGAAGUCCACUCUUCAAGUGGAUAAGCUCACAGAAAUGGCCAGAAUCUUGACAAAUUGGAGGGGAAAUGAUGUGGAUUUUUCUCCUUUGACAGAGUCACAAAUCUGGACAAACUUUGCACGGAAUUGCUUGAAAAUUGGCUUGCAGCAGGAAAAAGGAGAUCUUCCGAUUAAUUUACUGGCUAUUCUCACUGAUAAAGUCUAUCCCGACGAUUGUGGGGAUGAAUUCUUGAAGGAAUUGUAUGAAAUGACACUCUCUCACUCGAAUUUCUUGGGUGUGUUUCUACAGCGUGAGAAGUGUGACAGGAAAACCGCCACGGCGUUGCUUCUGCUCGUCCUGGCCAAGAAGAGCUCUCAAGGAUUCGAUAAGACGCACGUACCACUGUUUCUGGGCGCUUAUGGAGCCAAGAUGUGCAAGUGUGAUCGCUUCAUUUUGGCUCUUUUAUAUCUGUAUGAGAAGAACGGUGUGGAUUUCUCACAAUAUCGUCCAUUUCUCUGGGGCGAAGCUGCAAUUUCACACUAUUCGCUAGAGGACACCGAAGGCACAGUGCAGGGAAUCCUCGAGGAGCCCAGCAUGGAUAUGGUGAUGUCAAUCAUCUCGCCAGACACUCUGAUGAACACCAUCAGCAAUUUUCCCAUCUGGAGGCGCUUGAAUGCUCUAAUGGAUCUGCCAAUGCGGCAAAUUGACGUUCACGACAUGAAGACUGAAAUCGAGAUGAUCAUUGAUGGCGAUAUGCCCAAGGAUGAGAAGUUUUCCGGACUGGUGACGAGACGACAGGACACGUGGGAUGAAGUGUACGAUCCGGCCUUCCUUGUGCCCCUCGUGAGUGCGAUGUUUGCGCCGGAAGUACUCACGUCCACCGUGUCAGUGGCUCAGAACGGACUCCUGGGCUUAGUGUUGCUGGCGCUGUCCAGUGACGAUGAGGAAAUGAGGCUGAUCGCUGGACUGGCACUGAUUCGCUACAAGCGCCAAAUGGAGGGAAGAAAGGAGUUCCUCGAUCGCAAUGUGUGGCUGCAAUUUUACGGUGGCAUCCAAAAUGGCCUGGCCGCCUUGGGGAAGGUGAUGGGUUCGCCGUGUCCACGGCUGUCGCACGUGAGUGCCAAUUUCCUCGCCAGGGCUUCCAUGGUGCUCACCACGCCACUGGUGCAGCUGUACCGGCCGAUUGCCGACUAUGUGCUGAGCAAGGAGUGUUAUGACUUGUCGGUGGUGCCGAAUUUCAACUUCAUGUUCCUGUCCGCGGAUGUGGAGCAGCAGUGUCACAGGGAGUUUGUGCUCAGUGUCAUUGCGGAUGGUGUGAAGUGUGCGGAGGACUUCGAUGUGUUGGAAUUGUCUGGUGCUCUGGAGACAAUAAUGGUGUUCUUCAGCUGUCCAUUUGCCACAAUUGACACGAAUUUGCGCAUCUUGAGUGUCAUCAACACCAUCACGAAGAUGCCCAGCGCAGCGAAGAAGCUUGUGGACAAAUUUGGUCUGGUGCCGUGGCUCAGCGGGAUCAUUGGCAACCUGGAGACUUUCUACUAUGACACCAUUGACGCUCUGGUGCAUAUAAUCGUGAAUCUGUGGUGUUCCAUGGAGUUUCUGGGCGAUGGCGGAGAUGGCAGGGAAGUGCACCACUUGGCUGUGAGGAUUGUGGAAUAUCUCUCAGCACGAGUGCCCAUGGCGUUGCUGGCCAAGUUCAUCAGAGUGCUGAAUAGGACAUCUGUGAAGCGACAUCACUUACUCACGGGCGCGAAUUUGGAUCACUUGAUCGAGUGCGCGAAGCCAUUGAUCGGCAGUGAGAUCAGUGCGAUCAUGCAGAUUCGGGAGAGCGGAGCUGAGUACGCCGAGGAGAGUGAGCAGUAUGCGAAGAGGGUGACAAUGCCAGAGAGCAGAGUGGCUCUAAUUAAUCUGCGAGAGUACGUGAUCAAUUGGACAGUGAGCCAAGAGUGUUUACCUUUCCGGUUUUAAU